AAGUACUAUAUACAUAUGUUACAUAUAUAUUUAUAUGAUUUUAUCGAAUGUGUUCAAGUUGUGUCCAGAUACCAGAAACCCACAAGUGUAAUGCUCAAAAAACUAGAAUAGCGGUUAAAAAUUGUAUAACGCUGCAAAACCACCUUCAAUGCUAUACAUCAGCACCUAUGCCAAAAUGCUAAAACGUGACUUUCCCGUGCUGAUACUAUCCCUGUUCAUCCUUUGUGGGUUCUUCGUAUUUAUGCAACAUGCUUUUCGUGCCAGCGUUGCCAUACAAGAGGGCGUCAUAUCAAAAGAUAUGAGAAACAUUAAUGUCGAAGAAGCCGUACCUGCUCCUGUUGAAGUUUUUUUCGGCGAUGAACUUUUCGAGAAAGAAUUGCAACGGCGUAAAUUAAUUGAACCGAAGGACAGUCGCGAAGUGAAAAUAUUAACCGAAGCACCACCGACAUUGGGACAACGUUUGAAGAAAUUACUAAAAUGCAACGAUCGGCAGUUGAGGUUGGAGAAGAUACAAUAUGGAAAUUAUUGGCUGUUGCGCAAUUAUAUACGUGGCACGAUUAGCACAUCGGUUGGUUGUGCCGACACAAUUACAUUGACUACGAAUGGUGAUUACACGUUCUUCGAUAGUUUGCCAUUCUUAACGGAACGUUGGCAAGCGCCAAUCAGCUUCGCCAUAUUCUCGCCGGGUUAUGAUUUCAAUGCCACACUAAGUUCCAUACAAUUUGUGCGUAAUUGUCUGCGUGAGAGUCAAUAUAUACGUGAUUAUGUCACCUUCCAUAUAUAUUUCCCACCAACGGAUAUGCCCGAAUAUGCACCAUUGACCGAAAAAGAGGCGCUCUUAUGGCCAUAUGACUGUGAGGCAGUGCCGCCUUAUAUGGAUGUCGAUCGCAAUACAAUGUAUAAAACGGAGCACAAUAUGACUUAUCCAAUAAAUGUUGGACGCAAUAUUGCACGUAAAUCGGUCAAUACAUAUUUUAUAUUUGCAUCAGAUAUUGAAUUGUAUCCAAUGCCGGAUUUGCCGCGAUUAUUUCUCGAGAUGGUGGAGCGGAAUCGUAGUGUGUAUUUGGAUAAUAAAGAACUGCGUGUCUUCACCAUACCUGUUUUCGAAGUAACUAAGGAUAGUCAAGUACCUGAAACCAAAACACAAUUAGUUGAAAUGUUACGAACACAUAAAGCGAUACCAUUUCAUUCGAAAAUCUGUAAGAAUUGCCAUUUAGUGCCGAAACAUAAUGAAUGGGUUAAUGCCUCGGAUACCAAUGAGUUGUCGCUCUUUUCGGUAACAAAACGUGAAGGUAAAUUCCAUUAUUGGGAGCCAUUCUACAUUAGUGAUAAUCAGGAACCAAUAUUCGAUGAGCGUGUCACGUGGGAGGGACAGUCGAAUAAGCGGAUACAGGGCUACGCUAUGUGCUUGCUGAAAUAUGACUACUUUGUGUUACAUCCGGCUUUUUUGGUGCAUUCACCAGGCAUUAAAUAUUUUGACAAAAAUUCGCCACGUCUCAGCUUUGUGCCAGCCACGAAUAAGCUUAUCAAACAAGUUAUUCAGCCAGAGUAUCGAAUUUUAUUUGGAACCAAUAAGAAAUGUUUCACGUGAUAUUAGCGGAUAUAUGAAUAUAUAGUUAAGUUUAACCGUUUAUAAUUAAUAAUUUAAGUUAAUUUAUUUAGUAUUCGUUUUUGUAGUAAAUCAUUCUAAUCUAGAAAUAAGUAUUUCGAAAUAAAACUUUCCUAAAAUA